GGAGAUUUGUAGCACCUUUCCUACCAUACGUGGUAUGCAAGGCUGGAUAUGCCAUUACCAAAGUUGAAAUGUGUUAGUAUCUGUUGUCGAAAUACCUACCCAAUAUAUAUAGCAUAGGAUGUUCCAACUCGAACAUGUGUUUAUUAAUCUUCAAAUUUGGUCAUACUACUCCAUUCUGACUGUGCCAACUUGAUUAUUAUUCACUUGACUAACAAGUACGCUUACGAUGGAUGCACCAAAUACAAAACCCUAUCAUUUACCCUCAGAUGCCGUCUGGUUCAUUACCGGAUGCUCUUCUGGAAUCGGUCAAUCUUUAGCUCAGUUUAUCACGCAGACCUCAAACCGCGUAGUAGCUACCGCACGCAAACUAUCAGCUCUAUCAAGCCUCCCAACGAACGACCGGGUCCUCAAGCUAGAGCUAGACGUCACUUCUAUCCCUAGUAUCGAAGCUGCUCUCCAAGCUACGGUAGAGAAGUUUGGUCGCAUUGAUGUCGUAGUUAACAACGCAGGCUACACCCUCGUUGGUGAUACUGAAGGUGCGGAAGACCAGGAAUCCCGGGCAGUAUUGGACACGAACUUCUGGGGUAUGGUAGACGUGACUAAGAGAGCUCUGGGAAUCAUGAGGGAUGUGAAUCCCAAAACUGGACAACAGGGUGGUGUAAUUCUGAAUCUGAGUUCUAUGGGUGGCUGGUCGGGAUAUCCGGCGUGCUCUUUUUAUCACGCCAGUAAAUUCGCUAUGGAAGGAUGGACGGAGGCUGUGGCAAAGGAGUUGCCGGCCUCGUGGAAUAUUCAUUUAUGCAACAUCGAGCCUGGGGGCGUAAAAACCAACUACGUGACGUCUUCUCUCAAACACAUGGCCAAGAGGCACCCAGCUUAUGCUGACCCUAACUAUCCCACGAAUGUCUUGCUAGCCUACAUGCUAAAUGAGGAACACCGCAGCUUGUGGUCAGAGCCGAGUGCUCUAGCCGCAGCAAUGUAUCAGGUUGUAAGCCGCGGGCAGCGAAUCCCGAUUCGGGUCCCGUUGGGAGCCGAUUCUUGGGGGAUGAUAGCGAAGGACCUCGAAGACACUAAGAAAGACCUAGACGACCUGAAAGAGAUCAGCUUAAGUGUAGGUGAUCCGAAGCAGCUGGAGGCUAUCAACUUUUUGAAGUAGUCUAGGUGAUGUGAACACGAUUGUCUCGCAGUUAAGUUUCGUCAUCUUGCUUUGCAAUACGAUUGGAAUUAUUCAACAGUUGCAAAUAUUUAAUUAUCUGAAUUCUGGUCACGAGAUUGACGGUCCAAAAUAUCCACAGAGCCGACAUUGUAAAUGCGCCCUUCGGCACUCGACAACAAUACCAUCGCUAGGCAACCAGAUAACUACCAUGGUCCCCUAGCAACGCAGGAUAAACUUAUAAUAUGCAAUAACUGCCCCUCCAUCACUCCUGACCUGAAGAUUCAUGCCAAAGAGGCCGUGGCCUAGUGGUCUGAAGGUAAGACGGCGUAGAUAAAAUGCCUUCGCGGUGUUUUUCGAAGGUUCCGGGUUCGAGCCAGCGGCAGGGCGGCAAGAUUGGCCUGCUUGCUCUGGUCAAGUGUGCGCAGUUCGAACUUUGGAGCCUGCUUUUUUAAUAUUCAUAAUUUACUUUUCCUUUUUGUUUUUUCUUAGUAAUUAUCACCAUGUAGCCUGUUAGAUUUCUUGAUGGGAAGUAGGACGUUCUGCUAUUAUAACACCCGUCUUUUAAUUAUUUUAAAGUCAAAGCUCUAAUAAUCUAGUAGAAUCAAGAUUCGAGAUAGUAAAAAGACGAAUUGAGUAGGCA